UGCAUAUGUGAAAUAGAGAAGAUGCGAUAACACUCCACAGCCUACAAAUUAGGCCAACUUUAAUGCAUAUGAUAUGCACUGUCAAACAAACGAGCUUAAAUAACUGAGUUUAAACAGCUUUUACAAUCGGCGACACAAACAUUGAAAGUGAAAUAUGGAUAAAAAGAUCUGUAUAAUUGGUGCUGGACCUUGCGGAAUGGCAACAUUGUUUCAUUUUUCAAAAUUAAAACAAAUGCCUGAUGUCGUUUGUUAUGAGAAACAGCGAACUUGGGGAGGAUUAUGGAAUUUCUCUUGGAGAACAGGAAUAGAUGAGCACGGAGAACCUUGUCCAAAUGGAAUGUAUAAGAACCUAUGGAGCAAUACAAUAAAGGAGAUGAUGGAAUUUCCGGAUUAUACAUUUGAAACACAUUUUGGUAAAACAACGCCUUCAUACAUGCCUAGGAGUGCCAUGAGGGACUAUUUGGAAGGUCACUGGACAAAAGGUGCAUGCACAAAUCUAAAGAAGUUUAUCGAAUUUAACACUGCAGUGAGAUAUGUUAAAUUUAAUGAUGAUGAGAACAAUUUUAUCGUCACAGUAAAUGACCAUAACACUGGCGAGACAAGAGAAGAAAUAUUUUCACAUGUUGUCGUUGCAACUGGAAUUUUCAACACUCCAAAUACACCAGAAAUCAAAGGUAUUGGUGAGUUUCACGGUCGUAUUCUACACGCCCAUGAUUUCCGCGAUGCGCGAGAGUUUACAGGUAAAAGAGUUCUGCUCAUAGGAGCUGGAUAUUCUGGUGAGGAUCUUGCUCUUCAGUUGCUUAAAUAUAAUACAGAACGGGUUAUUUUAUCUCACAGAACUAACCCAAAAAGUUCCACAUGUUUUAUGCCAGAUGGCAUCGAAGAAAGACCGCAGGUUGAUAGGUUUGAUACAACAAAAGUCCAUUUCAUUGACAAAACAUUUGCUGAUAUUGAUGCUGUCAUAUUCUGUACAGGUUACAUUAAUCACUUUCCUUUCCUUGAAAGUAGAUUUCGGAUAGAUGAGAAAACGCAUUUUUACCCGGCAGGAUUAUACAAGGCUGCUUUGUACAUUAAAGCUGGAAACAAUAAAUUGUUCUACGUUGGAGUACAAGAUCAGUUUUACUCAUUUCAUCUUUUUGAAGUCCUUACAAAUUGGACUGUUAAAUAUAUAAUGGGUCAGCUUGAAGAAGAGCCAAGGUCUAAAGAAGAGAUGGAAACUGAUGCUAAAGAUUGGCACUCGCGAUGCGAAGCAAUUAGAAGUGAAAAUGAUAUGCUUGAAGUUCAGUCUGACCUUGUUGACCAUUUAGCUAAUCUCGGAGGAUAUACAAAAGAUAUCAUGAAAACUGUGCCAUAUUUCCGAGGAUGGAUCCAAGAUAGAAAAGAAAAAGAUACAGGCCUUGCGAAUUACAGAGAUAUGUGUUAUGCAAAUAUCCACAGUGGAAUAAUGGCGCCAAAGCAAACACCGUUUAUGGAGAAUUACGAUGAUAGCAUUGAGGCGUACUUGAAGUUUGGUGUUUAGACAUUUGUAUAUACUUAUCUAAAACUUGCUUCUUUUCGCAUGUAUUUUCCUGUGUGCUUAUUUUUCAUUGUAUAUUUCAAUGUUCAUUUUCAGUUUGUUUAAAGCGACUUUCGACAAAAAGCAUACAUAAUUAUGUAGAGUAAAACAUUACGUUACCAAAUGUAAGCUUUCAAUCAUCAGUUAACCAGCACUUGGUAAAUAUGUUUUACAAAUUUAUGAAUUUAAAAGCACAUAACUUUUAAAUUAUUACUUGAAUCUUUUAACUUUUAUUAAAAUCUCUGUAAAUGUUUCUCAAGUUUAUGUUUUUUUUUUUUUUUUUUUUUUUUUUUGGCUGAUCUGAAGGCAUGCAGUUUAAAGAAAGUUUACGCAAAUGUCUAAACGCUUCUUCAUUUUUUAAACGUGUUUCAUUACUUUACAAUGUUUCAUUUCGCUUUCGCAAACUGGUUAACGAUGUUUAUUUCAAUAUUUGUUUGCAAUAACUCUUUAAACUAAAUAAUCUCAAGACUAUCAAUUCAAAAUUAGGAUAUUUUUAUAUACAUAUAUGAAACAUAUUGUGAAGUACAUGCAUCUUCAUUCCAUGUGAAGUAUUUUUGAGUGGUAAGAUCAAUCCUAGCUGAUUAUUGGGCCAGACAAGCGUAAUUUCAAAUAUUUAUCCAAAAAAAGGAUAAAUAUCUAAAUGUCAUAUAUACUUUCUGGACAAAAGAAAGUGAACGUCAAGCUAAAUAUAUAUAAAAUAUGUUGGCAUCAUUGAAAAGCUAAUGCAAAAUUAAUUGUUGGACACAGUUGUCUUCAAUUAAGUGGUAAUGUAUAUACUUCUUUUUGUGUUUUCUUCUCUUUGUUUUCUUUCUUUAAAAUUUACUUAAUAUAUACAAAUGUUUAGUCUUUUUUCUCUGCAAGUGCGAAUAUUGUAACAAACUUUAUGUAUAAUGUUUUUAUUUGUAGAGACAUACACACAAGAUAGAAAAUUAGUACAUGCAUAUUCAAUAUGAAUACCAAACACAUGACAAGCAGUGAACUAUAUAUUAUCUAAAUAAUAGGAAAUAAGAACUUAUAUAAAACAUAUUGCUUUUUUUUAAAUAUGGGU